AGAAAAAUAGAGGGAGGCGUUAUCUUGUAUCGUUCGAUAUGGUCAAUCAAUGAUCACAAGAAACUCGCAGUCUGGCCUCAACCUUCCUUCACGCCUGGAUUACUGUCACUUUGCUCUCACCAACUUCUUGCCUCCGGAAAUCAUUUUACGUUGCCACGAUGCCUAUUUUAGAGGUGCACACGAACGUGGCCAGGGAGAAAGUGACUCCAGGAGUGCUCAGCGGCCUUAGCAAGAUGGUCAGCGAGAUGCUCGGCAUAUCGGAGAGUUACUGUAUGAUGCAUGUCCUGCCAGACCAGCUGAUGUCUUUUGGCGGCAGCAGUGAGCCGUGCGCAUCGGUCAGACUGAGUUCCAUUGGCAGGCUGGGCGUGGAACUUAACAAGACGUAUGCUGCCAAAAUAUUCGUCUUCAUGGAGAAACACCUUGGAAUCUCCAAUGACAGAAUGUUCAUCGUGUUCCAGGAUUUGAACACAUCAACUGUUGGACACAAAGGAACAACAUUCCAUGAACUGUAUGGCCGCUAAGUCUUUGCCACACAACACAUACAAAAUUAAGCAACAGAUAUAGUCAAGCACAGCAUGCCGUGAACUAUAGGGCCGCCAACACUGCACUGAGUGUGUGCGAGACUUCCCAAGUUGGCACUGGCAGUUACUGUUGCCACCUCCACAUUCAAUGAGGCUCAGGUCCAUGUAUUACAACAACAGCAUUUUUGUCCGUUAUCCUAUGUACAGAUUGACCAGGUGAUGUUUACUGUGACUGUAACUAUAAACACAAUUAGUUUAUUGUCCAUAUCCGAUUAAAUGAUAAGGAUAUUUAUUUUAUUAUCCCUCAGUAUUACUACUCCGGUAAAUCACACGAUUUCCUCUCUUACCAUGGCUAUUUUCAAAGUUCACAAAGAUUAUAGCUUCUCCUUAUAAUGCAGAAACCUUAUCAUCUUGUGACUAUAACAAUAAAAAUAUGGUUAAACUUU